AGAAUGCCUAAAUCAAAGGAAGUGCUCUCCUCCUCAUCUGGGAGUGAAUCUGAUAGUGAUGUCGAAACCAAGGCAAAGCGAAAGAAGCCAAGUGCACCAGAGAAGCCGGCUAAGAAACCAAAGACUGGAGAGAGCGGUAAGACUGCCGGAUCUUCCAAAGGCGACAAUAACACCGAGGACAACAUGUUCCAAAUUGGAAGGAUGAGAUAUGUCUCUGUUCGGGACUUCAAAGGUAAAGUUCUGAUCGACAUCAGAGAGUACUGGACAAAUCCAGAUGGCGAUAUGAAGCCUGGGAAGAAAGGCAUCGCCCUUAAUCCUGAACAAUGGAACCAACUGAAGGACCAGAUUUCAGAAAUUGAUGAGGCCAUUAAAAGAAUAUGA